CGACGCUAGCACCCGUCUGGCCGCCGCUGGUGUCUGCUCGCGCCCGCACGACACCCAACCAUGUCUCGUCAAUUGAUCGACUGUUGGCGAGCCUGGGCCAUGGGAGUCGGGGGAGGUAGAAGACGCGCUAGGCGGUGGCUACGGAUUUUGGCGGGAGUGGCACGCACGCGCGGUGGGGUGCAUUCUGAUGCGACAUGGCCAUGUUCGCUCUCAUGUUGUUGCUCUCUCCCCACAUACCCGCCUAGACUACCCUACUCUCCCUCUCUCCUAAUCCCCCUCUUCCCCGACAUACUAGCCCCCCUCUCUCGUCCAGCGCGGCGCCGGGCCCACGCUCGUUAUGGCCCAACUCCUUAACCCGGCAGCCGUGCCUGAACCUGGUCGCAUCUCGCAGAUCCUGCCCUCCGUGAAGUGCUCAAACUGCAACCAUCCCGUCCCCAUCCACGAGCUCGGAGACCAUGUCUGUCAGCCUGAGCCUGCCAUGCCCUCCUUCAAGUCCUUCGUUUCCCCCCUCUCCGCCAUAGAGCGCGACCCGCAAAAGUACCACUCCAAGCAGUCCUUCACCUCCCAGAACACCAUGCAGUCGCAGCAGCCCAUCACUCCCCACCAGGUGAGCGCGUCGAACGCCCAUGUCAGUCUCUCUGGCGCCCCGACUAGCCCCCGCACGCGCUCGCGCGCUCCCUCGACGAGUUCGCGCCGCAGCCCCCGUGCGCCCGAGCCAGGCUCAAGCCGGUUCGACCAUGGGCCCGCAUCCCCCGAACCGCAACGCAUGCGGCCCCCUCUCGCUGGCAACACACCACCACCCGUGCCAACAGAGAUUCCCUUCCCCCCUGCACGGAGCCCCUCUGUGUCCUCGCGGUCGCCGACGCCAGGACGUGGCUAUCCAUCUAUAGGGGACGGUCUCUACCCCCCUCGAACACCAUCAACGCCCACUUUCCGUGCUACCCCUCCACCUUCCUUAGCCAACUCAGCUCGCCCAGCUGCCCACUCCAGUCCUGCACCUUCGCCAUAUGCGUCCCAGCCCCAGCCGCCCGUUGCGCGACAGAGGACGCCGGGUCCCCCGACUCCGUCCCAGUUAUCCGUCAAUCCGGGACGCGGCAGAGCAGCGAGCAGCGCGGCGACGGACGAGUACGAGGUGAUCUACUCUACCAGCAACAGCAAGAGCAGCCCCGCUACCGCCAGUGCGUUCCCACCUCGCUUCCCCCCCAAUGCCGCCGACCCCACGAUGCACCCCCCGCGCCAGCGCAUGCCAUCCACGUCCAGUCUUCCCCCCGCGCAGCCGCCGACCCGCGCACGCGCCCCCUCCACGUCCAGUGUCUCCGCGCACCCCUUCAGCGCCCGCCCGCAGACCCCCUCCACGUCUGGCAGGCAGUUCGACCGACGGCCGUCUAACCUAGGAAAUGGACCUCCCCCACCAAUGCCUACCUCCCCGCCCGGUCCCCCGCCCGUACCCACGUCGACGCCGGCUCCGGGUCCUAUUCGCUCGCCAGUUCCUGACAUCGACACUAAGAUCGGGGGAGCGGCUGGUAUGGCGGGCGUUGGAAGGCGGGGAUUCGCCGCGGCGGCGCAUGCAGCCAUGCUGGCUACGAGUAUGGGCAGGUUUGAGGGUGCGGCGUCGCCGUUGAUGAUUCCUGGACAGGGUAUGGACGGCAGACGCGCUAAUGCGCCGAAGUUUGUGGAUGUCGUUUCGGCCGCGCGGUACGGUGCGUAUUCUACAUGCCAUGACAAUUCGAAGUCUACUAAUGCUGCAUACAGGUCUCAGUGCUACACCUCCUUUGUCCCCGGCCACCCUUUCCCCUCAUUCACAGAACCUACGACCCCGACCAGCCCCGGUCCCGCGCCCAACGUCUCAACGUCUCCCAGUCCACGCCUAUCGAGAGGCUUGUCGAACUCCUCUCAACGAGACCGCUACGUCCCUCCAGCUCUCGAGCCGCCGAAACUACCGCUACCUCCGAUGCCCGCCACACCUACCACGCCCAGGCUGCCGUUCUUUGAGAAGUUCAAGGCGCAGCAGCCGCCUUCGGACAGUCCUGAGCCUAUAUCGCCGCGCCCGCCUUCGCCCCCGUCUGACUCUGAUUCAGAGUUUGGUGGCUUGGCCUACGCGGAUGACGACGACGACGACGAGGAGCUCCCCUCGCCGAAGCUGCCACCGAUCAACACGUCCGUGCCGAAGCAGACCGGGCCCUCGAGCGGGGGCAAGAUACGCUUCCCGUCCAUGGCCUCGGAGUCUCAGUACUCCGUGUCCUCGCCGGCCUCACCGACGAUGCCCCGCCGGACGCUCUCAGACUCGCGCGCGUCGCGCGGGCCUGCGAAGUCGACGGGUGCGCUGGACCGUGUGAUGGAGACGCUCUUCGAGGAGGCACCCUCCCCGCUGACGAGCCCGGCACCGAAGUCGGCGCCGCUUGCGCCGGAGGGCCAGCGCGACAGCGUGAGUCGCCCGCCGAAGCUCCCGGUGCGGUCGCACACGAGCCCGACGCUGGGCAAGAUCACGAAGGGCCGGCCGAAGGGGAGGAUGUGCGCGAAGUGCACGCAGGUCAUUGAUGAUGGGAGGUGGAUCCAGAUGGAGGGCGGGAGCGUGCUCUGCGACCGGUGUUGGAAGAAUAUGUAUUUGCCGAAGUGCCGACGGUGUAACCUCACGAUUGAGAAGCAGGCGGUGUCCUCUUCUGAUGGACAGCUCAAGGGCAAGUACCACCGCGAAUGCUUUAAUUGCCACAAGUGCCAUAAACCUUUCCCGGACAAGACGUUCUACGUGCUGGACGGCAAGCCGUUCUGUGCGUAUCAUUAUCACGAAGCGAACGACUCGUUAUGCGCCGCGCCGUCGUGCGGGCAGCCCAUCGAGGGCCCGUGCGCGGUGUCGUACUCGGGCCAGCGGUUCCACCCCGAGCACCUCCUGUGCGAGCACCCGCGCUGCACGGAGCGGCUCGUGGAGUACUGGGAGGUGGACGGGCGCAUGCUGUGCGAGCGGCACGCGCAGGGGGCGAUGGCGGAGGCGGCGGACGAAGAGGGCGACGAGCUGGACGACCUCGCGGCGGUUAUGGAGGGCGUGCGGGAUAGCGUCGCCAUCCGCGGUAUGAAGCGCAUGACGAGGUUCAUCGACCUGGGGCCGAGCGAGCUCCGGUAGCGGUGGGGGUGAUGAAGUAACGAGCUGCGCCGCCGCCGUCGUGGGAUGGGGGACCGGUGCGUGUGACGUACUACGUGCAUGCUCAUGGCUUAUGCUGGACGGACACGGAUGCGGGUGCGGACAUCCUCGGUCUGGCUCGACGCGCGUAACCUACCUAGUGAACACGGUCUUUGUUUUUAUCUCUCUCUCGGGUCUCCAGUGACGUUCCUGGCUCGGUCGGACCAUACAUACCUAUGCACACACAUCUGUAUCUCGAGCAUCUCUAGCACCUACUUUCUCUCUGCUUAUUCGUUCAUGUCACACUACUAGUAGUCUUGCCGAACCUGUGGGCGGAGCGGGACGGGGCCGAGGUGUGAACACACAACGCACACGCGUUGAAGAGGGCGGCGUUUGUUGGGGAAGCAGCGGUCGCGCGGUCU